GUAAUGCAGGGACUGCUUGUAUGAAACUUUGACUUUAUGACGUAUUGCUCUGUAAUUAUUCACUGAAUUAUUCAUGUAUUCAACAAACGUUUGAAUAUCGAAGGAGUGUUUUCGUGUCUCUACCACUAGAAUCUAAGUUGACGGUGAAGCUGUCUCAUUCAUUCUGAACCACUGCUGCAGCAAUAAAUACUCUCCUUUGCUCACAGGAAUCACUCCUGAAAAGAACUUAAUGUCUGGUACUUCCUAUAUCAUGAUUUCACUGAAACUGGUCUAUUUUGCCUAUUCAGGGAAAACUAGGUUUUUAAUUUUAAAAUGACAGUCUUUCAGCAGUGGCAUCAACAUUAUAUAAAAGCAAAAGCAGGAAGAUUCCCUGAAAUGUCUUUUCCCCACCUCUGAGCUCCAGCCAGCUUUCUCCUCCGACACCGGACUGCAAGGCCGGCCCGGCCAGAGGUACCACCCGCCGCCGCCGCCUGGCCCACCAUCUUAAAGGCACCGAGAGGCUACUCAGGAUUUUCUCUCCAACGUGCAAGGACUCCGCCUAGGGCUUAGGACACGCCCGGCUCUCCCCGCCUCUGGUGGAUUAAAACUAGCCCCUGGCGGUGGAAGGCCAGCUGGGAGCCUCGCCCGGUCCAGUCGCUCGUGACACCAGCCGGGCGCAGCGGCUCCUCGCCCCGCCGCGUCCUCGGCCACCGCGCUCGGCUCCUUCUCCCGCCGGCGCGUCUGGCUCGGCGUGGCCCGGGCGGACGGUGCUCUGCCCGCCGAGCCAGGCGAGGAGACCCGAGUCGGGGCAGAGCCCCCGGCCCCAGAAGGGAGGGAGGGAGGAAGGAGAGAGGGGUGCCUUGGCGUGAAGCCCUGGCUGUGGGCGCCGGGACGUGAGGAAGCCGGAGAUGCUGCGGCCGGACCGAGGGCGCUGACGACCCGCCGGCCUGGCAGCACCAUGCCGUUCCCGCCCCUGCAGCCGCCGCCGCCCACCCCCGCCCCGGGGGUCCCGGCCGCGCGCCCACCGCCCCGGAAGCCGGGCGCCACCCGCAAGGCGGCCGUGCCCGCCUGCGCCCCGCCGGGGCCCUUGCCGCCCGCCGCGGCCGCGGAGAAGAGACGGCCCCCCGAGCGACCCCCGGUGGUGCUGUCCAGCUCCUGGCCCUCCGCCACCCUGAAGAGGCCGCCGGCCCGCCGCGCCCCCGGCCCGGCCUCCCCGCGCGCCCCGCCCCCGUCCGCGCCCGGCCGCCCGCGCGCCCCAGCUCCGUGCACGCCCCGGCCGGCCGGCUCCGGCGACGGCCCCGCGGGGGUCGCCACCUCCGGGGCCGGGCCCGACGCAGCCCUGCGCUUCUCCCUGAGCCUCACGCCCGAGGCCGUGCUGGUCAUCCAGCGGCGCCACCUGGAGAAGCAGUUGCUGGCGCGGCCCCGUCGGGCGGCGCCCGCGCCCUCGACCGACGCCGGGCGCCCGCUCGCCCCCUGGCCCCGGGCCCGGGCCGCAGGCCUCGGCCGCCGCCCGCUGCUGCCCGGCGGCCUGCAGGGCCCCGACCCCGGCCCACGGCCCGCUGACCUGCGCCCGCUGCUCAAGGUGUCGCUGCUCAACGAGCGGCACAAGUACGACGACGUGGAGUACGAGGAGGAGGUCGCGGCCGCCGACGAGGGCCUGGUGCGCAAGUGCACCGAGUGGCUGCGCGGCGUGGAGUCGGCGGCCGCCGCGCGCGAGCGGGCGGGGCCCCUGGACGCGCUGCCGCACCUGAGCUCGCUGUGACCGCGCCCCCGGGGGGACUCGGCCUCGCUGACGCCCCGCGCCCCUCCCGGCAGCCGAGGGGCCCACGCGGGACGCGGCCCACCUCCCGCGGGGGCGGACGGCCGCCGACCUCUCCCUGCCGCAAGCCGGGGCCUAUGGGUCUGCCUUCUGCACCUGCGGGCCUCUUCCACGCCCACAGGUGUCCUCGGGGCUCGUGGUCGGGGGGGGGGGGGAUGAGCGGGGGUGAAGGUGCCUCUCAGCUCCCACUCCUAAGGUUCGCGUAGGUUCCGGAGACCCUCCGCGGGGCGCGGGCCCCCGUCUGUGGGUGUCGCUCUGCGGGUGCGCUACGCCAGGUGCCCUAGUCCGAGCAGUGGGUGACAGCCACGUGUGGGUGCGGGGCGAACCAGGAGGGUGGCCGUCUGGUGCAGAGCUGGACAUGGUGCUGCACUUAGGAUUUUGCUUCUGCUGAGUAGAAACAUGUCCCGGGGACUGGAGGGUCUGGGGGCUCAAGUGAACCGAACUUCCCAACGGGAAGGGGGAGGGUAGUGACCACCAGGAAGGUCCGCCUGGAGAGUGGGCGCUGUGACGGGCACAGUGCUCGGUGGUCACAACACUGACUCGUGGGGGCUUUCGAGCCCACGUACACACACUCACAUGCUUACACUCACACACACGCACUCAGCUCUCACACUCAUACUCGUGCUCUCAUGCACACUUACCUCACACUCAUGCUCCUACAGGCACACAUCCUCACACUCACACUGGUUCACAUGCAUGCUCUUGCCGGCAGUCCUGUCUCCACUCACAAACCUCACGCGCGCGCGCACACACACAAAGCUUUCUGAAGCACAGCUGCGGGAAUUGUUUUCAGCGUCUGGGGUAAGGUGUGAGCCGGAGCGAGGCUCAGCUUCUGGAAAAUGCAUCCUCUGUACUUGAAGUGCUGCUCACAAAUGUCUUUUGUGCUACAGAAAGGAAGGGUAGGCAGAGGGAGGGGGCAAAGUGCAGAGAGCUGGACCCAGACGCAGGACAAGAUGUGCCGGGCCAGAGAGCCGCUUGUUUAGGGAGAAAAGUGGGGAGUGCAGAGCAGAUGUGUGUUUUCAGUAUUUUUAACCGCUGUGUGAAAAUCAGUGACGUGGUGGCUUUGUACAUUUGUAUAUAGUGAUUUGAGAAAAGGAAAUUUCUAUUAUUUGAACAAAGGGUGAGACUCUUCUGCCUUUCAGGGGUCAUGCUCUUCCCCACUAACUCCAGGCUGAUUUUUCUAGAUUUGUUUUUUUCCAUGCAUCUAUUUCACUCGAAGGUUGAGAAGGGGGAAAAAUGUUAUAAUCAGAUAAAGCUCGUUAUAGAACAGUGUAAUGUAUUACCUCAAUUUUGGACUUAUUUUGUAAAAGUUAAUGACUAGUUUGAUGUUUAUCUCAUUAGACUUUAAUGUGUCAAGUCUUGAUUAUAUUUACAUUGAAGCUUUACAUUUUUAAAACCCAGUUUGUAUUUUUCUUGUGGAGAUCUCUGCUCUAAUCU